UGUGAGGCCGGUGCCCGAAUAGUGACCAAUUCCAAUCUCACGGAGAGCUCUAUCAACCACCUGAAGCAGUUGGACCAUCCUGGAGCCGAGUUUGGCAACUUCGUCGAGCACGUGCCCGAUCCCAUCCCCCCGAGCUUCACAGGACCGAUCGUGCCGCCAACAUUGACUACCGUUGAGACAUUGGAUGCCUACUUCGAAGUGCCGGUGGAUACUGGCAACGGCACUAAGGUCGAUUUCGUUUGGCUGCAGAAUGGCGAACCUAUUCACUUUGGUUCUCGCAUCAACGGCAAGCUAGAGAUGGGCAUGGCUAGCCUAAGUUUUAAGUACGUUCUGCCCUCAGACAUGGGCCACUACGUGUGCUGUGUCACCACGGAACACGGGAGAGCAGAAACCCAGUCUGCCGAACUCGUCGUUGAGACUACAAAGAAUCUUAUUACAGAUACCCAGUUGAAGGAACCAAAGGAAUACAAUGACCACGCAGGUUUGCAGGCUGUUCAGGAUCUUGAGGCGAUGCUGAAUGCUCCUCGGCCUGACAAUUUCCAAGAGGAUGGACCUGCUGCUAGCCCCACAAUUGUUAUUCAACCGAAACCUGUAGGCAGCUGCGUUGAGGAUGAGACGGUGAGCUUCCGCCUUCAAUAUGAGCCCUCCAAUGAUCCUAACCUUGUCGUUCAUUGGUAA